ACUACAACUUCACAAUUAUUAAAGAAAAAUACAACACUGUCUACAACUGCUUUAUCACAAGCAAUAACAAGCAGCCAAGGAGAAACUACCAUUUCUGUUACAAUGGCUAAACCUUCCUCAACUGCAACAGAAACAUCCGGUAGUCCUCUGUCGACACACUCACCGUCCACAACUAUUAUUUCUGUUCCAUCAGAAACCUCCACUUUAACACAGGCAACACUUCCAGCAACUUCUGAAAAUGCAACGACCUUCUCACCAACUUCACAUUCACAGUCAGCAAGCAAGCCGACAUCUCCCAUUACAGACAGUACAACUCUCACAUCACAUACAACAGAAAUACAUCCAACUUCUCCCGAGGCAACAACACAGUCAACGCAAUCUGCAACUUCAACAUCACAGCCAAUAACUAGUAGCCCAACAGAAACAACAUCUUCAUUGACCACUCCUAUGCCUUCAACUUCUGAAACAGAAGCAACCAGUUCUCCUCCUCUAUCGACAGCCUCGCAGUCCACUCUUUCUAGAUCGGUGUCAUCAGAAACAUCAGUGCUCACAAUUGCUACAUCUCCGGAAACCUUUGAAACUGCAAGCACUUUGUCCUCAACAUUACAUUCACAGUCAUCACCGAAUCCAACAUUUUCCAGUACUCAAACGACGUCUCCGAUAACGCAGACCACCCAGUCAAUUUCAACUUCCUCUCAUGCGACAAACAGUUCAACACUGUCUACAACUGCUUCAUCACAAGCAAUAACAAGCAGCCAAGGAGAAACUACCACUUCUGUUACAAUGGCUAAACCUUCCUCAACUGCAACAGAAACAUCCGGUAGUCCUCUGUCGACAGACUCACCGUCCACAACUAUUAUUUCUGUUCCAUCAGAAACCUCCACUUUAACACAGGCAACACUUCCAGCAACUUCUGAAAAUGCAACGACCUUCUCACCAACUUCACAUUCACAGUCAGCAAGCAAGCCGACAUCUCCCAUUACAGACAGUACAGCUCCCACGUCACAUACAACAGAAAUACAUCCAACUUCUCCCGAGGCAACAACACAGUCAACGCUAUCUGCAACUUCAACAUCACAGCCAAUAACUAGUAGCCCAACAGAAACAACAUCUUCAUUGACCACUCCUAUGCCUUCAACUUCUGAAACAGAAGCAACCAGUUCUCCUCCUCUAUCGACAGCCUCGCAGUCCACUCUUUCUACUUCGGUGUCAUCAGAAACAUCAGUGCUCACAAUUGCUACAUCUCCGGAAACCUUUGAAACUGCAAGCACUUUGUCCUCAACAUUACAUUCACAGUCAUCACUGAAUCCAACAUUUUCAAGUACUCAAACGACGUCUCCGAUAACGCAGACCACUCAGUCAAUUUCAACUUCCUCUCAUGCGACAAACAGUUCAACACUGUCUACAACUGCUUCAUCACAAGCAAUAACAAGCAGCCAAGGAGAAACUACCACUUCUGUUACAAUGGCUAAACCUUCCUCAACUGCAACAGAAACAUCCGGUAGUCCUCUGUCGACAGACUCACCGUCCACAACUAUUAUUUCUGUUCCAUCAGAAACCUCCACUUUAACACAGGCAACACUUCCAGCAACUUCUGAAAAUGCAACGACCUUCUCACCAACUUCACAUUCACAGUCAGCAAGUAAGCCGACAUCUCCCAUUACAGACAGUACAGCUCCCACGUCACAUACAACAGAAAUACAUCCAACUUCUCCCGAGGCAACAACACAGUCAACGCUAUCUGCAACUUCAACAUCACAGCCAAUAACUAGUAGCCCAACAGAAACAACAUCUUCAUUGACCACUCCUAUGCCUUCAACUUCUGAAACAGAAGCAACCAGUUCUCCUCCUCUAUCGACAGCCUCGCAGUCCACUCUUUCUACUUCGUGUCAUCAGAAACAUCAGGGCUCACAAUUGCUACAUCUCCGGAAACCUUUGAAACUGCAAGCACUUUGUCCUCAACAUUACAUUCACAGUCAUCACCGAAUCCAACAUUUUCCAGUACUCAAACGACGUCUCCGAUAA